CUCAGACGGUGCGAGCGGCGCAGCGCAGCGGGGUCUCCGCGGAUCGGGAGCGGCAGCGGCGUAAAUCUCCGCGCCUUCUGCGCCCUCCGGAGCCGGGGCAGCGGGGAGCAGCGCUGGACGGGCCGGUCGCUGGGGAUUGCUUAGAUGGAACGCCACAGCUGUAGAAUGAAGUCGGCUGUCAACACCCCCACCGCUUGGCGGGCUUCAGAUUCUGGAGAGGAAGAUCCAGCGGAUGGAAGCCCAGGGGCUGGAUCCCUCCUGCACCCAGAGAGCUGUGGUAUCGCCCCCCUCACCCCCAACCUGUCCCUGCGACCGUCCUCCAGGAACGCUCCGCGCGGCCAUCCCUUCCUCGUAGUGGUGGCGAUCGACCUCGGGACCACCGCCAGUGGCUACGCCUACAGCCUGGUGCAGGAGCCGGAGACCAUUCACAUCAUGAGGCGCUGGGAAGGCGGCGAUCCAGGGGUGGCCAAUCAGAAGAUCCCGACCUGCCUGCUGCUGACUCCGGGGCGCAGCUUCCACAGCCUGGGUUACACGGCGAGGGACUUCUACCAUGACCUGGACCCUGAGGAGGCCCCCCACUGGUUCUACUUCGACAAGUUCAAGAUGAAGAUUCACAGUUUCAACGUACAGUUUGCGUUGCAGGACCUCACCCUGGAGACGGAGUUGGAGGCUGUAAACGGGAAGAGUAUGAGAGCUCUGCAUGUGUUUGCCCACACACUGAGGUUCUUCCAGAAUCAGGCCCUGAAGGAGUUGCGAGAACAGUUCUGUUCGGACCUGGAGGAAGAAGAUGUCCGCUGGGUCAUCACCGUGCCCGCCAUCUGGAAGCAGCCGGCCAAGCAGUUCAUGAGGGAAGCAGCCUACCUGGCCGGCCUUGCGUCCCCCGACCACGCGGAGCAGCUGCUGAUCGCGCUGGAACCCGAGGCUGCGUCCAUCUACUGCCGGAAGCUGCGUCUGCACCAGCUCACCGUCCUUGGCUCCACCGAGACCCCCACCUCGCAGGCGUCGGACCCCCGCAUCAACUCCAGCUUCAGGCAAGCUCGGGAACAGCUGCGACGAUCGCGGCAGAGUCGAACCUUCCUGAUGGAGAACGGCGUGGGAGACCUGUGGGCAGAGAUGGAGUCAGGUGACCGUUACAUCGUGGCAGACUGUGGUGGUGGGACCGUUGACCUCACCGUCCAUGAGAUCGAGCAGCCGGAGGGGACGCUGAAGGAACUCUACAAGGCCUCAGGUGGCCCGUACGGAGCGGUGGGCGUGGACCUGGCCUUCGAGGAGUUGCUGUGUCAGAUCUUUGGCCACGACUUCAUCAGGUGCUUCAAGGUGAAGCGGCCGGCCGCCUGGGUGGACCUGAUGAUCGCCUUCGAGGCGCGGAAGCGGACGGUCUCGCCCAAACGCACCAACCCCCUCAACAUCUCGUUGCCCUUCUCCUUCAUUGACUUCUACAGGAAGCAGAAGGGCAAGAGCGUGGAAGCCGCGCUGAAGAAGAGCAGCAACAAUCUGGUGAAGUGGGGGUCGCAGGGGAUGCUGCGGAUACUGCCCGAAGCCGUGGACGAGCUGUUCCAGCCCACCAUCAGACAGGUGGUACAGCACAUCGAUGCCCUGCUGCACCGGCCCGAGGUGGCGGGGGUACGCUUCCUAUUCCUGGUGGGGGGCUUUGCCGAGUCGCCGGUGCUACAGCGGGCGGUGCAGCAGGCGGUGGGUGGCGGGUGCCGCCUGGUACUGCCACACGGCCUGGGCCUCAGCACGCUGCGGGGCGCCGUGCUGUUCGGCCUGGAGCCGGGCGUGGUGCGGCUGCGGCGCUCACCGCUCACCUACGGCCUGGCCGUGCUGCGGCGCUUCGAGGACGGCCGGCACCCGGCGGACAAGCUGCUGGAGCAGGACGGCGCCCGCUGGUGUGCCGACGUCUUCGACCGGCUGGUGCAGGCCCAGCAGCCGCUGGCGCCCGGCGAGGUGGUGCAGCGGCGCUACACGCCUGCCCGGCCCGGACAGCGCUCUGCCCGCAUCAGCCUCUACUGCACGCCCAGGCCUGACGUCCACUUCAUCAGCGAGCCAGGGGUCCGGCGCUGCGGCAGCCUGAGCCUGGAGCUGGGCCCGGGGCCCGGGGAUGGAGGUGGGCCCGGUGUCGGGGGUGGGGAUGGGCCCGAGCUGAACCCCGGGCUGGGAGUCGGGCGACACCGGGAGAUCCGCGCCAGCCUGCAGUUUGGCGACACUGAGAUCCGGGUGUCGGCCCUCGACACCCUCACCGGCACCGAGGUCCGGGCCGCGCUCGACUGGCUGUCAGACUGACCCAACCCCCCCUCCGGACACUGACACCCAUGGACUCUCCCUCUCU